AUGACAUUCACAGGCAGCGUGUCGGCGGACCAAGCAAUAGCCGGCUUCGUAGCAGGUGCGACAUCCACCUUACUACUGCAUCCUUUGGACGUGAUCAAGAUUCGGUUACAAGUCGAUGAACGUGCUAGAAAUCACGGCAAUACGACUAUCAAUCUAUGGAAGCAGAUCCAGAGGACGGAAGGGAUAGGCCGCGGCCUUUAUCGAGGUGUCAUGGCAAAUCUCGCUGGUGCAUGCUUCAGCUGGGGGCUCUACUUUUGGUGGUACGGGCUCAUAAAGGAGUACAUGAGAGACGGUGCAAACGGCAAGUUGACUGCUGUGCAACAUCUGACUGCAUCUGCUGAAGCUGGAGCAGCUUGCGCUAUAGUAACCAAUCCGUUCUGGGUGAUCAAGACUAGGAUGUGUGCUACCAAAUGGAAUGAUCCUGGAGCCUACAGGUCCCUGUCAGAGGGCCUAUAUAAGCUCGCACGAUAUGAGGGAAUAAAUGGAAUGUACAAAGGUCUUACUCCAGCAUUGUUUGGAGUAUCUCAUGGUGCACUACAAUUCAUGGCUUAUGAAGAGAUGAAGAGCAUCUGGGCAGACUUCAAUCCCACCAAGAAUGUCAACCACAUGGGUACUCUCGAAUACAUUACGAUGGCCGCUGCAUCAAAGCUGUUUGCUACAAUAUGUACAUACCCAUAUCAAGUCAUACGGUCACGGCUGCAGAAUCAGUACGAAGGCCGCAAAUACACCACAGCGUGGGGUACCAUAACCACCGUAUACAAGAACGAAGGAUUCACUGGAUUUUACAAGGGAUUAGGCCCCAAUGUGGUCCGAGUCCUGCCUGGAACCAUGAUCACCUUUGCUGUAUACGAAGGACUUUCAAAAUUCUUUAGACAGUAUGGCAAUGGGGCUGUCGUUGGUGCAAAAAUGUAA